AUGGAACAUGGACAAGGGGCUGUCCAGGCUCUGCACCCGGGGCCAGAGAACUCAAGGAGAAGAGCCCUGGAGCCCUGGAGCUGCUGGCCUCGAGGACCUCCCACAACUAAGAAGGAUGAGGGUGGUGCGGAGGAGAAGAAGGUGGCCCAGAAGAAGAAGGUGAAGGAGCUGAAGCUGCUGGACCCCAAGACCUCUCAGAACCUCUCUAUUUUCCUGGGCUCCAACCGCAUGCCGUAUGAGAACUUCAAAAACGCCAUCCUGGAAGUCAACGAAAAAGUGCUCACAGAAAACAUUGUAUCUAGCCUGAUAAAGCUGUUGCCAGAGCAGGAGCAGCUGAACAUGCUGGGGGAGAUGAAGGACGAGUACGAUGACAUGGCAGAGUCAGAACAGUUCGCAGUCGUGAUCAGCUCGGUGAAUCGUCUGCAGGCUCGUCUGACCUCCAUCCAGUUCAGGCUGGUGUUCGAUGAGCAGCUGAACAACCUGAAGCCGGACGUGGUGUCGGUGUCGGCGGCCUGCGAGGAGCUGCGGCAGAGCGAGGCCUUCUCCAAGCUGCUGGAGAUCACGCUGCUCGUCGGCAACUUCAUGAACGCCGGCUCGCGCAAUGGCAAGGCCUUCGGAUUCAGCAUCAGCUACCUCUGCAAGCUGCGAGACACCAAGUCAUCGGACCAGAAGCAGACGCUGCUGCACUUCCUGGCUGACAUGUGUAUGGAACAGCACCCCGAGGUCAUGAAAUUCACAGACGAACUCAUACACGUGGAGAAGGCCAGCAGAGUGUCUGCUGAGAUGCUCCAGAAGAACAUGGCCCAGAUGGGUAAGAACAUCUCUAAGCUGGAGAACGACAUCAAGAGCUUCCCUCCCCCGCAGAGCGACAAGGACCUGUUCGUCGAGAAAAUGACAAUAUCCUUAACUUCUUGUGUCUUUGUGGCGAGUGCCAAGGAGCAGUAUGAGAAGCUGGACCUGAUGCACAAGAACAUGGAGAAGCAGUACGAGGAGCUGGGCACCUACUUCGUCUUCGACCCCCGCAAGAUCACGCCAGAGGACCUCUUUGGAGACCUCAACAACUUCAAGAACAUGUUCCAGCAAGCGGUGAAGGAUAACCAGCGUCGUAAGGAGUCUGAGGAGAAGAUGAGGAAGGCCAAGCUGGCCAGAGAGAAGGCAGAGAAGGAGAAGGAGGAGAAGGCCAAGAAGAGCCAACUGCUAGACAUCAACGCAGAGGGUGAUGAGACUGGUAUCAUGGACGGCCUGUUGGAGGCACUGCAGUCUGGCGCUGCAUUCAGGAGGAAGAGAGGACCCCGGCAAGCAGGAGCUGGCCGCCAGCGAGGCGGUGGCCACCCCGUGACCAACAUCCUGGCCAAGGAGCUGCUGCAGGAGGACACGCCCCCCAAGGUCAAGAAGGUGGAGCCUAAAGACGAGGCCAUGGCGGCGGCCGAGUCCCUGGAGAGCCUGCUGGACGACGCUCCCACUCGCUCACACUAGUGUCAAUCAACCACGCCGACCUAUCAGGAUCAGUGAUCAUCCACACCUUCACUUUUGCUCAGGUCCCGCCUCCCACAUUCAGCCCAAUGGGAUGGACUUCCUGCAGCAAAAUAAAUGGAAAAAUAAAUAAACAAAAUGUGUAAACGGACCAAACAGGGGCGUUCUGGACUGAACACAACCCCACUCCUCUAUGCAGCGCAUGCUGGCUUGCGAUGGGACGCAUCUCUUUGUUUUGUUAGUUUUUUUGUUUUGUUUUUCUUUGACACUUGAGACAACAAUGUUUUGCUUUCAGGAGUCACCAAAACACAGUUCUGCAUCUCUACAACAUUUGAUCUGCCCUGCAGCGCUUUAUAGGGCUCUCUCACAUAGCUAUGCAAGCUUCCUCUCUCUUUUUCUGUUUCUUCUCUCUUUCUCUUUCUCUUUCUCUUUCUCUCUCAUGCUCUACAUCUCUAUUGCUCUCUCUUUCUCUCUGUCUGUUUAUCUCUGAGCUUCCUUUUAGUGAAGAGGGUCAUGGGGGAAUUAAACAAUCCAAAGAUGUGCUGAAAUGGGACUGGUGGGAAUUACAAUGUCCAUUCCCAAAUCUGCAGCUGCCAACUCGACCGAGUCUUCAUCCCAGAUGUCCUGCCACCAGCUCGAAAUCAUUUUAUCCAACAUUCGGACUGCUUUGAAUGUUUUGUUUUUUCUGUCUUUCUUUAUUUUUGUUUUGUUUGUCUUUAAAACACAGCGCUUCUGCGGUCACAUUUUUUUGUGUCUCCGUUUCUGUUUGUUGAUAAGUUGACCAGAAUGGAAAAGUAUAUAUAUCAUUGUUUUGUUUGAUUCAAGUUUAACAAUGUGAGACUAAACUGAUGGGAAUAAAUAUGCAUGCGCCUCUCUGUGUGUAUAUGCACAUGUUCAAGUGCCAAUUGUGAGGGCGGGGUUUAGGAAAAGUGCACGGACCAAUGGGACGUGUGCUUAUACGGUGGAAGGGCCAAUGGAACGUCUUUGUUUAGUUUAGCGGUUGGAUGGAUGUUCCUCUCAAUACAGACUCACACAUGGCUGGUGUUUAUGAUGGAUGUGUGUGUAUGGGUGAUCUUUAUUAGGUUCCUUGAGGUCUGGUACCUUCGCAUAUUUUUGAGGUUUUUGUAUUGUUUCAUAGUGUUUUUUUCUUUCAUUUCUCUCUCUGUGUCUCUGCAUGUCUGUCUGUCUGUCUGUCUCUCUCUCUCUCUUUCUCUCUCUCUCUCUCUCUCUCUCUCUCUCUCUCUCUCUCUCUCUCUCUCUCUCUCUCUCUCUCUCUCUUCUCAUUUCCAUUUUUUUCUUAUUUCCAUCUGGACUCUUCUUUGGUUGAUUGUUUCUAAAUAUAUCACGCCUGUGAUUAUGAAUACCACAAGUCCACCACAGUCCAGUGUGUGCGCGUCAGUGCAUGCAUGUGUUGUGCGUGGGAUGCUUGUGUACAUUUAUGCAUUUACCCUAUAAUUAACUUCUCUGCCUCUUCUGUCAUAAAUACUGUGUGUGUUUGUGUGCGUGCGUGCGUGUGUGUGUGUGUGUGUUGAUGAGGCCAUACAGUAUGUGUUUACUUUUUCAUAAUGAUUCAGUCCUCUGACCUUUUUGCAGAAUGAGGUUGACACUGAGAAAGCGCUGAAGCAUCCAUCUGCCACAUUGUGUGUUUUUGUAUAUUAUUUUUUUCUAACGUAAGACACUGUUAGACCAGUCGAAUGAAAGACAGCCACAGUUGCCCUUGAUAUGUUUUUACUGUGUGUGUGUGUUGGACAAGUAAUGUCUUGCGGCGCAGGUACCUGAAACGUGCAUUCUUCAACAAAGUAAUUGCAUAUCAUUCCCCACCCUCUCUUCAUAUUAGAAGCCUUGGGUAAAGGAAGCAUUGGGGGAAAACAGACCAUUAACCGCCCAACACAAUUCAUGCUACAGACUCCAGUGCUUACGGUUUGGGAUCAUCUCUCAGUGCGCCUCUCGGUCCAUCCGUGGACCAACUUCCAGCUGUAUCAUUCCUUUUUUAUACACCCUGAUAUAUCUUUCCAUGUUUAUUGCUGGGCCAGAUUCCAUGGGCCACAUGUCCUCUGUACUGGCUCCCAGCCUUGUGUUUGCUUGGCUGUUCCUCAUGCACGUUCCACUGGCUGGUUCUGAAGAUGGUUGGAGUUGAUGCAUUUUUGUAGUUCUCUAAGAGUCCUACUUUAUGAAAGACAGAAGCCUACUGAGAGCCCCCCUAAUCUUUUUUCCACGCACAGACACAGUUUACUACAGUUUACUAUUGCCACCACCCAUAUCAGAAUCACAGUGCCUCUGCAAGGCGGUCCUUUAAUUCCUUCUAUAAGCCACCUCAAAAGACUAUGUUAUUGCCACAAACUGCAGUCAAUAGUACGUGAAAGACCAAUAUUAGGUCGGCAUCAACCAUCUCCAAGGUCUCCACCACAUUGCGUCUCUUCCAGGCAUGUUUAGACCGAAGAGUCGAAAUGCCCAAAUAAAAUACUGGAAGCCAAUCGGUCUGACCACCCAACCGCCCGAUAGCUCGUGCCGGGCUUCUCUGAAAUGCCACAGCCACCAAAUCAUGGCAUGGUCCCCGUCACUUGGUGUUGGUGAAUUGCUGCACACAUAAGUCAGGAUAGAGGAGGGAGUUUUGUUGUUUUCUUUUUUUGUUUUCUUUUAAAGGAGGGAAGCCAGUUUGUGGUGUAAACCGGCACAGUCCUCCUAAAACCAAGUCAGUUUAAUUUGAGUUGAAAGAGGACUUUAUUGCCAAGUGGGAUUCUGUGUUCUUUCUGUGUGUCCCGUGACCACAGAGGAAAGAGCGAAAUAAAUAAAACAUUACAGCAAUGUUGUCAGUGACAAAGUAAUAUAUACUGUAGUUUGCAAAAAGUUUUCUUCAGAAAAUGCUUGAAUUUGUUUCUUGUGCUGUUUUUCUGAAGAGAACAUAAUGUUUGAUGAACGAAGAGAAACAAUAUCACUGGAGUAAAAGAAAAUCAUGCUUCUUUUUUGCAUUUUGUUGAUGUUUGGUUACGUUUUCUUUUUUAUAUAAAUAAAAAAGGACACUUGAUUUUUCUAUGUGUAUUUUUAUUCAUUGCUAUGUUUUAAUGUAAAAUGCAUCGAGGUGAUGGUUUUGGAUCACAUGCUGAAACAAAAUGUCCAUGUGUCAGGAACUUCACUGUAGAAGCUGUUUUUUUGCUGAAGCUCACAUUAAAAAUAUUAUC